UAAGCAAAACUAAACAUGCAGGCUAUACUAAUAUGUGCUUUUAUGAUUUAUAAGAUCAUCAGUAGUAGGACAUACAAUUGAUGGCUGCACAAUUAAUAUAAGUAUAGAUUAUUGAACGUGCUUAUUAAAUAUUGCAGAGCAACUAGAUGUGCAGAGUGAGAGAGAGGGAUUCAGGGAAAGAUGAUGAGACAGUGAAAGCCAGAGGUGGCCUGGGGUGGAGUCAAAUUCCCGGACUGAUUUACUGUCCCAGUCCGCCACUGGUUACAGUCUUCUGUUCACUAAGUAUCGGGUUUAAAGAAAGACAACGCAGAGUUAAUGGAACGUGUCUUAGAGCUUGAGCGAUACAAACGCCGGUGGAAUCUUAGGAUUCGUGGAUGGAAAGAAAAGGAAGGUGAAGACAUACAUGAGGCAGUUGCUGAACUACUGGUGAAAAUUUCCCCAUCGUGGUGCUCAAGCAUCAAUCACAUCGUGAACUCAGUUCAUCGAAUAGGCCGACGUGAAGAAAACAAAACAAGGCAUGACAUCGUUCAGUUCACUCAGAGAAUACACAGUGAUGCGCUGUGGAGAAAGACCAAGGACCACGCGAUCUGCAAAGAUCUUCAUAUCAGCUUUAUCGAAGACCUCUGUAAAGCUGACAGGGAGACCCAAGCUGCACUAUGGCCUAAGAUAAAAGAAGCAAGGGAUGCUGGAAAACGGGCGUACUACAGAGAUGGUGCUGGAUACAUUAACGGACAGAAAAUUACUUAAGCGCAUACAAGCCAGGCAGUGAAGUUGAUGGCAGUCAGGUGGAGCAGCAACUUUCAGCAGGUAUAAGGUUUGUGGUGAACCGGUUCUUCUUUCGAACCAAGGUACCCUGCAUUUGGGGAACACUGUUUAAUAAUCUGGUAAUUUGGGUGCUAAAAUAUAAAAUCAGUUCCUAGAGUGGUGUAGUUAUGCUCAUUACUUCUAGCUCUGUCUACCACUGGUCCAUGAGUCCACAAUGUGUUUGCAUAUAAUAAUGAUUUUACCUUUCAUGAAUCCUAUGCAGUUAGCUUCACACAACUGCAAACCCUUCUUAAAUAGAAAUGAUUCACACUGGAUCCACACCGUCUACAAUAAUAUCAACAAAUCUUCGACUAAGGUGCGUUAAACAACAUGUCAAACAUUCAGCUUGUUCAGUGUGUUGAGUGCAGGAUGUUUAGUCACUCUUCCUCCGUCGUUAGCAAUAGCUUUAUUUGUGAUAAAUGCAUGUUAGUUAGCUCUCUGACGGAGAAGAUUGCAGCAUUAGAGGUGCGCUUUCAGACUCUAGAGAGGGUUAGUGAGAGUGAGAGCAGCGUAGUUUCUGUAGGGGAAAGUCUGGAUGCCUUAGGCGGAGUUAGUAAUCCCCCAACUCCGGCAUUAGAGCCCUCACAGGGGGGAGAAUGGGUGACGACUCGGCGGCAUAAUCGCAAAGCCAAAGCUAACGCUAAGGCUCGCCCACAGGAGCACCACUCCUCUCCACUUCACGUGUCCAACAGGUUUGCUCUCCUCAGUGAAGCACCCGCUGAGAAACCUGAAAGAGCUCUGGUUAUAGGUGACUCUAUCUUGCGGCACGUGAAAUUAGCUAGGCCUUUAGGGGCAGCAGCAGCUUUAGUUAGGUGUAUACCGGGAGCCAGGGCGCCGGACAUAGCAGGUAAUCUUAGGAUCUUAGGCAAGCACAGGUUCUCAAAGAUAGUUAUUCAUGUAGGAGCUAAUGAUUUACGCCUUCGUCAGUCUGAAGUUACUAAGAGUAACUUGGUAGAGGUGUAUAAAUUAGCGAAGGCGAUGUCCGAUGCUGUAGUAUGCUCUGGCCCCAUCCCAAUGCGGCGUGGCGAUGUAGCUUACAGCAGGUUAUGUUCGCUGAACUGCUGGAUGUCCAGGUGGUGCUCCGAAAACAAUGUAGGCUUUAUAGAUAAUUGGACUAACUUUGAGGGCAAGGCUGGCCUGUUAGGGCGGGACGGUAUCCAUCCCACUCGGGAAGGUGCUGGUCUCAUUUCUUGCAGCAUAGCACAUAGUCUCAGAACAGGCUUAGUUAAUCUCUUACGUCUAAAGCGCUUAUUGUUAAUGAAACCAUUACUGAUUGGGAGUUUGAUGUACUGUGUUUAACAGAAACGUGGAUUAAACCAAAUGAGUUUGUAGCAUUAAAUGAAGCUAGUCCUCCCGGGUACAGUUACAUACAUCAGCCCCGUCUAACUGGCAGAGGAGGAGGCGUUGCAGUCAUUUAUAAUGACAAUCUAGCCGUCACACAAAAGACUUUAAUAUUCAUUUUGAUAAUCCAGAUGACCCUCUGAGAACAGCAGUUGUGUCCAUUCUAGAUUCUGUAGGGGUUAAUCAUAAUGUAAUAGGACCCACCCAUAGUGGUGGUCACACUCUUGAUUUAAUACUAACAUUCAGAUUAAAUAUAGAAAAUAUAGUCUCAUGUCCACAGUCUGAAGCUAUCUUAGAUCAUUACCUCAUCUCAUUUAAAAUGUGUAUUAAUCAUAGUAUAUGCACCUUGCCACGUCACC